ACGCAAUCAGGGCGCGCGGCUCGGGGAGAGGGAAGGGCGGGGGGAGGCGAGGUGUGCGGGCCGGGACCUCUCCCCGCGGCGGUGCCGCGCGCCAUGGCCCCCCCCAAGGACAUCAUGACCAACUCCCACGCCAAGUCCAUCCUCAACGCCAUGAACGCCCUGCGUAAGAGCAACACGCUCUGCGACGUCACCCUCCGCGUGGAGCACAAGGACUUCCCGGCCCACCGCAUCGUCCUGGCCGCCUGCAGCGACUACUUCUGCGCCAUGUUCACCAGCGAGCUCUCAGAGAAAGAUAAACCCUGUGUGGAUAUCCAGGGCCUGACAGCCUCCACCAUGGAAAUCCUGUUGGACUUUGUAUAUACAGAAACUGUGCAUGUGACAGUAGAAAACGUCCAAGAAUUGCUUCCAGCAGCAUGUCUGCUUCAGCUGAAAGGUGUGAAACAAGCUUGCUGUGAGUUUCUAGAAAGCCAGCUGGAUCCAUCAAAUUGUUUGGGCAUUCGGGAUUUUGCUGAGACACACAAUUGUGUGGAUCUAAUGCAAGCUGCAGAGGUCUUCAGCCAGAAACAUUUUCCAGAGGUGGUUCAGCAUGAAGAGUUUAUCCUCUUAAAUCAAGAAGAGGUUGAAAAGCUCAUCAAGUGUGAUGAAAUUCAGGUGGACUCGGAGGAGCCGGUGUUCGAGGCGGUGAUAAACUGGGUGAAGCACUCCAAGAAGGAGCGCGAGGCGUCGCUGCCGGAGCUGCUGCAGUACGUGCGGAUGCCGCUGCUCACGCCGCGCUACAUCACCGACGUCAUCGACACUGAGCCCUUCAUCCGUUGCAGCCUGCAGUGCAGAGACCUCGUGGACGAAGCCAAGAAAUUCCACCUUCGGCCCGAGCUCCGGAGCCAGAUGCAAGGACCCAGGACACGAGCACGUCUGGGAGCUAACGAAGUGCUGCUGGUGAUCGGCGGCUUCGGCAGCCAGCAGUCUCCCAUUGAUGUGGUGGAGAAAUACGACCCCAAGACCCAGGAGUGGAGUUUCCUGCCGAGCAUCACCCGCAAGCGGCGCUACGUGGCCACGGUGUCGCUGCACGACCGCAUCUACGUCAUUGGGGGCUACGACGGGCGCUCCCGCCUCAGCUCCGUGGAGUGCCUGGAUUACACCUCGGAUGAGGACGGCAUCUGGUACUCCGUGGCUCCCAUGAACGUGCGGAGAGGGCUGGCGGGAGCCACAACCCUUGGAGACAUGAUCUACGUCUCGGGAGGGUUCGACGGGAGCCGCCGGCACACCAGUAUGGAGCGCUACGACCCCAACAUCGACCAGUGGAGCAUGCUGGGAGACAUGCAGACAGCACGGGAGGGAGCAGGCCUUGUGGUGGCCAAUGGAGUCAUCUACUGCCUGGGAGGCUACGAUGGGCUGAACAUCCUGAAUUCUGUUGAGAGGUAUGACCCCCACACUGGACACUGGACAAAUGUCACUCCAAUGGCCACUAAGCGCUCAGCUCCCUCAGACCAGUUCAAGGGAAAGCUUAUCCAGCUUUCUCUCUCUCUGACCAGACUGUCACAUCCACGCCCACAGUGCCUUGAGGUCAGUGUGUUUCCUGCUACACUGAGGGAGCAGUCACUGCUGCUGUGUUCUGCCCUGGAGGAUGCUCUGGCCCCAGUGGGUGGGUUGGCUUUGAGAAAGGAUGAUUCUACUGGCUUGAAUUCUCAAGAGAAAUAUUAAUUUUUACAUGCCUCCAUCCCAGGCCAAGGUGUGUAUGGAGGAAUGCAGUGGCAGGGUCACAAGUUACAGGGAGGCAGAUGAAAUGUGAAAUGCUGGCUGACUUCCACAACUGGGAGCAAUGCCUGGCAUGGAGAAGAGCUCCCAAGGCACAGACUGACCACAGGAGUAGGUCAGUGCUCAUCAGCUCUCUGGGACAUGGUGAAGGCAGGUGUGCCCUGCCAGGCUCCUUCCCCUGAGCCCUGCACUGGGCAGCACUGGGGCAGCACUGCCACAGCCCAGAGUGGGCUUACACAAAUGGUGCAGUCACAUAAUAAUUAUUCCCCACCAACUCUUCACUUGUCUCUCUGCCUAGUGUUCUAUCCAAACUUUAAGUUGGCAGUUGUAUCUAGGACAAAAAAUACAGUUUAAAUCCUACUUUUGGAGUAUCUUUGUGUUUAAAUUCUCCUUCAUUUCUCAUGGGGCUCCUGUAGCUCCUGUGUGCUCAGGUGUGUUGACCUCCUGCUCUGGCUGGUGGGCUGCCCUGGCCCUGCCUGUGUGUACAGGAAGGUUGCUCUGUGCCUCCACACCUGUGUGCCUCCCAGUGCUUACAGUUAUGUGCUUAGACCCUCUUCCAAAUCCCUUUUGAAGUUGCUUUUUCUCUACUUCUUUCAAUAACUGGCUCUCAGAGCCAGCCUGGGCAGCCCUGCUCCAUGUGAUCCCUGUGCAGUGGUUCUGGUUAGGGACAAAUACUGGGUACUCAAUAAACUGGGCUCUGUUCCAAAAACGUUCCAAUUUUCUUGUGCCUGCAGUAGCAUUCACCAAACCCCCAGUCUUUAAAUAUUUAUUCCUGUGAGAGGGAUAUUCCUGUUAAGUGUUGGUUUAUCAGCCAAGAAUGGAUUUGAUUUAGGAGUUGGGCACUUUCCACAUCCAGGAAGGCCUUACAUUUAAAACACAGGAUAAAAUCUGCAGGUUUUUCUAGGUCAGAGGCACCAUGUGAGGUCAAUCCAUGCAUCUCUAGGAAGCUUGAGGAUCAGAUGGCUGCCCUCAUUGGGGCCUGCUUUGGGCACCAGAGAAGGCUGCCUUUGGACAAGGGCAAGAGCAGAAUUCAAGCUUUCUACAGCAGGCAUUUCCCAGGUCUGUGCUCCCCACAGGAGCUGGUGGCUUUAGUGGCUGUGCCUUGGCUGCAGCAUGAGCUCUUUGGUGCCACAAGCCAGCAGGAACCUGGUGAGGCUCUUGACCCCAGCACUGGCUCAUGUGGUUCCUUCCUUGGCACUGUGACCUGGAGUACCAAGAUCUGAAACGUGUCCAAGGGCCUUUUUUUGCUCAAGUUUUUGUGCUGCCACUCAUAGCACCCCUGACUACUCACACCUUAGGUGUGAGUGCUGGUGACCUUGGACCCUGCAGAAUUUCUUUUGUCCCCAAAAAACCCUCUGAGAUUUAUCCACGUGCAGGUCUUUUGAAUUCCAAGAUCAGGACUAAGAGUAAUCUUGGCUUUAUUCACAGAGAUCAUUUCCUCCUUCUUUCUUUUCACCUCUUAGGACAGGUUCUGGAGGGAGGUUACCUCUCAGAGACCUUGGCCAUAUUGCAUUGCUGGAACCAGUUUCCCUGAUUAGGCCUUGGUUUGGUCUCUUCAACCAAAGCUCCUGGAGAUCCCACUGGGCCAACCUGGCCAUCCCAGCUGUUCUGAGGCUCUCAGCAAGGACAGACAGGGAAAGGCAGGAUGUGUUUAGAGGAACAGGAAGUCUCUUAUAUCCUGUUUGUAAAGAAACAGAUCCAUGCCAGGGUAGCUGGCUCUUUUCCUUCAGGAUAUUCAUUAGUGCAAGAGUUCCACGUGGUGGUGACAGCCUGACAGGGCUGACUGUGCUCCCAGGACCCCCUGAGGCCACCAGGUGCCUGGUAAUGUCACAGUGUCCUCCAGUGCCAUACCUGAGGGGCUGCCAAGGAGGAACCAAGGCUGGUGGUUAUUUGCUGCUGGUUUCAGAAAUUCCCAGGAGCAGCAUAUUAUUGUCUGCUUUCACUGUGAGAACACCUCUUCAGGCAGCUGCUCCAGCCACCUUUGCCUCUGCAGCAGUGUAGAAACCAGUUUUCAUUUUGUCUUCCAGAGGAGUAAUGUCAGGGAAAUCCCUCCUCCAGCUUUGCAUGGAGCAGUGUGCAGCUGCUCUCCAGGCCACAGCCAGGAGCUGGGUGACACCAGGGACUCAGAAGCGCCAGAGGAACUUGUCUCUGGCUGACAGUCCCAGCCAGCUGCCUGCCAGCAGAGCGGGCCUGGUGCUGCUGUGCUCACACACCUGUGGUCAGGUGUCAGCCCAGGUAAACCUCUUGUGCUGCUGUGCUGCCCAGGCCCCCCAACCCCAGAGUCAGGAGUGUUCAGUGGAGUGAGAUGUUUUCAUGUUUCAUAUUGGGGAGACAACAUCAACAGAAGACAUGGUUAUCAGCUCUUCUAGGGGAGGUACAAGCAUAAAAAAUGUCCAGUGGAGAGGGAGGAAUUGACCUGUUCACCUCGUGGCAGCGAGCCUGGGGCUGCCAGUGUCACUCGUGGUGUGACUGUGCCACCUU